UGUCCACCCCAGAGAAUCCAGGCCUUGUUUUGGCUCCAGCUGGGCCUUCCCGCGGCCGCCACUUAUUGACUUAAGGCCGGUGAUUCAAAUCUGCAUCAGGGUUGCCCCUGACAACGCGUGGUGGGCGGGAGAGUGCCCACCUCUGCCUGCGGUCUGGGGCGCCAGCAAGCCCCCUUCGGUUCCUGGUACCGGGGAUUCCAGGCCAACAAUACUGACGAUGGUGAGAAAGACGAUGAAGACAGUGAGGUGAUGAUGUUGGUGACGAUGCCGACGGCAGCCUGCCCUGAGGGUGCACCGUCUGUGCGCGAUGUGACUGCGCACCCUGGCUGGGCGCCCCCAAGCCAUGGCCGACACCAUCUUCGGCAGCGGGAGUGACCAGUGGGUCUGCCCCAAUGAUCGGCAGCUCGCCCUGCGAGCCAAGCUGCAGACGGGCUGGUCUGUGCACACCUAUCAGACAGAGAAGCAGAGGAAGAGCCAGUGCCUCAGCCCGGCCGAGGUGGAGGCCAUCCUGCAGGUCAUCCAGAGGGCCGAGCGGCUCGACAUCCUGGAGCAGCAGAGAAUCGGGCGGCUGGUGGAGCGUCUGGAGACCAUGAGGCACGGUGUGCUGGGGAAUGGCCUCUCCCAGUGUCUGCUCUGUGGGGAGGUGCUGGGCUUCCUGGGCAGCUCAUCGGUGUUCUGCAAAGACUGCAGGAAGAAAGUCUGCACCAAGUGUGGGAUCGAGGCCUCCCCUGGCCAGAAGCGGCCCCUGUGGCUGUGUAAGAUCUGCAGUGAGCAGAGAGAGUGGUGUCCAGCGACAGUGACAGUGACUCUGAUCUCAGCUCUUCCAGCCUGGAGAACAGACUUCCAGCUCCUGGGACCAGGGACCCAAAAGGAGACAAACCCUGGGGGGAAUCAGGUGGCAGCAUGGAGUCCCCCAAGAUGGGGCCCUCCCACCCACCCAGCCACCUCUCAGGGAGCCAGAGCAGCCUGGCCAGUGAGGCCGGGACGGGAGCAGCAGACCCACAGGUGGGGACCCCACCCUGGCCAGACCCAAAGGGCCCUGAAUCCCCCAAAAUCUCAGAACCGGGAGGGACCAGGUAUCCUCCUCAAAGCGGAAGUUCAGGAUGGGUGUGAAAAUCGUAUCAGUUGGAAGAAGUGGUUAGACCCCAGGUCUCUUCUCCCAGCCCAGAUGGCCCAUGCCUGCCUGCCCUUCUCUGGCCCUGGCGGAAGACAGAUUUAAAGCCGGCCCAGGCUGAACUAGAAGGAUUCUGGACUGGGAACCCCCUCGCACAGGCGAUGACUAAUGGGGAGACCCUCAGCCUCCCUCUGCUGGGCCUGUGCCCCAUCCAGCCACCCCCCCAGGCAGGACAUCAUCGAAUUUCUCUCUGGGAAACUGAGCAAAGAAAAGAGACGGACAGAUCCCAAAUUUGGCAAUUUCCUGGUCCCUGCCCGGUCGGCACAGUGAGGCCCCCCCAUUCCCAAGCCCUGCCCGCAUGUGCAGAGCCUCUUGGUAGCUUUGCUGUGUUGCACUCAUAGUGGCACCGGCAGUUGACCGAAACCAACAGCGAAAGAUACAGGGACCCUCAGAGACAGGAGAAAGGGGUCAGAGAACAACCCUCUGAAGAUGUUUGCCCAGGAAACAGGAAAAGAAUGUUAUUUUUCUAAAAGGCAGUGUGAAAGCUCUUGAAAAUUUUUACAAAUCUAUACGAGCAGAAAUUUCAAAAUGCAAAAGGGAUGGGAAAAGGUGAGAAAGUCUCCCAGAAGGUAAACCAUCAAAACCCAAGUCGACAUAGGAAGAAAAAGUCAAGAGCAUUGGACAACAAAAGAUGAGAUCCCGGCCAAAAACCCAACCUCCAGCUAAGAGAAUUUCAAACUGAGAAGCAGAAAACAGAGGAGAGAAAAUGGCAGAAGAAAUGACACAAGAAUAGCUUCUAGAACGGAAGGAAAGGAACGUCCACAGAGAAGGAACCCACCAAGUGCUGGGCGUAGUGACAAAAAACCACAGCCAAGAGGACGGGUGGCCGCCACCAUCGUGAGCUGCCGAGCGGCAAUACCUGGAGAUGAAAAUGCACCUGACCUGCCGCUGCGGUGUAAUUAACACCCAUCACCUGCCACCUGGCUGAAACAGAGCCUCACCCACUAGGUCUGAGCCAGGGGCUGAGCGUGGAGGUGUCUGUUGCGCUCCCAGAUGCUGAGGCUGCUGGCUGGAAGACCACACUCUGAGGGGCACUGGUCCAGGGCGGUGGCAGGGCAGCACGGACAGUUCGUUGGAAUCACCUGACCAGCGUUACAGGGCCUCACGCCAGAGGUAUCCCCAGAGAGGCUGGUUACAUCAAUUGGGGGUCCAGCCUGGACAUCAGAAUUUUAUAAAACUCCCCAGAGGAUGCCACGUGCGGGCAGAACCCAGGACCCCUUCUUCCUUCUAGAAACUUCUGUGUGGGUUCCAGAAGACAUGCACUGGAGAUUUAUGGCAGUGCCUUUUUAUUAGCUAAAAAUUGUUUGCCACCUAAAUACCAUCACUAGAAGGAGAGAUCCUUCAGUUGUGAUAUAGUCAAAGAGGCCACGAUCAGCACGCUGACUCGCACAAAGCACGCUGAGCCAAGAACCAGAUGGCAGAAAAAAUAAAUACAUUAUGACACUGUCUAUAUAGAGAUUUUUAAACAUGCAAAAAUGUUAUAUGUUAACAUAUAUUUUAUGCAGUGGAAGAAUAAAGAAAUGCAUAGGAAGGAUAAACAACAGAUUUCAAGAUACAUCUUGAGAAGAAGAGGCAGAAGGAGGGCUUUCAACUACUGGUGGUGGUGGUUUUGUUAACUCAGAGAUGGAGAGAUGGGUUUGUAAUAUUUAUAGC